AUGUCGGGCAAUAUUCUACCCUUAUCGAGUUGGAAAUGGCAAGAGGAGGAUCUUGUAGCCCCUGACGAGGAUGUGGACUUCAACAACACGCUAGAACUCACUAGUUGGAUUGUUGAUCAGCUUCGAGCCUGUCCCUACAAUGAUGUUCGUUCUCUAAUAGAGAAGAAAAAGAACAUCACCCGCCUUGUUCAACUCAAACAACUUCGAGAGAAAGGUACAAUUGUCCAUCCCAAACUUCAUCUUGAGCGACAGCAGAAAAUGUCGGCUCUAGCAGCCUUCGUCACGAUCGAUAAAGUCAACUCGGACCCGUGUAAACAAUGUUUACACACAAAAUCGCGUGGUCCAUGUGCUGAGUGUGUUGCCGGUAACAAUAACUUGUUCAAUGGAGCUUGUACAAACUGCCAAUUUUCUAGCACGGCUUCGGCAUGUUCAUUCUAUGAAGGUAAAAAUCGGAAAGCUAAGAAGCACGGACGUUCGACCUCCAACGACGACCAUUCGAGCGAAAGAUUCUACCUGACCCCCGAGGUACUAGAGGAGUUGACAACUCGCGAGCUUGAACGAUGGCGGAAUAUGAUUGAAAAUGAACUGGAUAUACGCAAUGUGUCUUGUUCCACCAGGAAACGACCACGCUCUUAG